AUGGUGGACGCCCAUACCCGCAAGACUUUGGCGGCCAUCCCGCUUCUGCGUGUGAAUGCUGGCCCGCGCAGCGGCGAUCUCUGGCGGGCGCGUCACAAGGAGGAGCUCAUGUCUUUAAUCACCUACGUGAAAAACAACAAGGAGAAUGACAACGACUGGUUUCGCCUCGAAUCCAACCCUGAAGGCACGCGGUGGUUUGGCAAGUGCUGGAUUGUUGUCGACAUGCUGAAAUACGAGUUUGAUCUGGAGUUUGACAUUCCGGUCGCGUACCCGUCCACUGCUCCUGAAAUUGCCAUUCCGGAACUGGACGGCAAGACGGCCAAAAUGUAUCGGGGCGGUAAAAUUUGCUUGACAGACCAUUUCAAGCCCUUGUGGGCGCGGAAUGUUCCCCAUUUUGGCAUUGCCCACGCCAUGGCACUGGGUCUUGGGCCCUGGCUGGCCGUAGAGAUCCCUGAUCUCGUCUCCAAGGGUAUCGUCAAGCACAAGGAGACCUCUUCCUGA